AUGCAGCUCUGGAGUUUGCUGCUGCCUCUUGCGCUUCUCUGUACAGCCCUAGCCAGUGGACCCGAAUGUGGGAUGGACGAGCGCUCCCGCAGGGCACGAAGGGACACCAGGCACAGCCGCCAGCUCCUCCACACUGCCCCGGGCACCUGUGCCACCAGGUUAGCCCGAGGAAGGCGCUCCACUGCUGGGCUGGAGCCCGGGCAUGUCCCCCGCAGGAGGCAACAGCGGGAGGUAAAGGACGAAGAGGAGUCCCUUACCCCGAGCAGGGCGCUCUAUUUCAGUGGCCAAGGUGAUCAGCUGCGGCUGAAGGCAGACGUUGAGCUGCCCCGAGAUGCCUUCACUUUGCAAGUGUGGCUGAAAGCCGAAGGCGGACAGAGAUCUCCGGCUGUCAUUGCAGGACUGUAUGACAAAUGUUCUUACACCUCCCGUGACCGAGGCUGGGUCCUGGGGAUUAACACCGUCAGUGACCAGGGGAACAGAGACCCCCGCUAUUUCUUCUCACUGAAGACGGACCGUGCUCGCAAAGUCACCACCAUUGCAGCACACCGCAGCUACCUCCCCAACCAGUGGGUGCACCUGGCUGCCACCUACGACGGGCGCCUGAUGAGACUCUACGUGAAUGGUGCCCAGGUGGCCACAAGUGGAGAGCAAGUGGGCAGCAUCUUCAGUCUGCUGACCUUGAAGUGCAAGGUGCUCAUGCUGGGAGGAAAUGCCCUGAACCAGAACUAUCGGGGUUACGUGGAGCACUUCAGCCUCUGGAGGACAGCCCGGUCUCAAAAGGAGAUCUUGUUGGACAUGGAGCAGGCGAUUCACAGGCAAGACACGCCCCUACCUCAGCUUGUUCUUCAAGACAGUUUACUGAAUGUGAAAAGCACCUGGUCUCCCAUGAAGGAUGGCAGCAGCCCUCAGACCAAGUUCAGCUACCACCAUGGCUAUUUGCUGGACACCAGCCUGGACCCUCCUCUCUGCGGGCAGACAGUGUGUGACAACACGGACGUCAUCGCCAGCUACAACAAACUGCCCAGGUUCCGCCGCAACAAAACCGUGCGCUACCGCGUGGUGAAUCUGUACGACGACAAACAUCAGAACCCCACCGUCAGCCAGCAGCAGAUCGAGUUCCAGCACCAGCACCUGAAUGAAGCUUUCAGCCGCUACAACAUCACCUGGGAGCUGGAGGUGCUGGAGGUGAAGAAUUCUUCCCUUCGCCACCGGCUCAUCCUGGCCAACUGUGACAUCAGCAAGAUUGGGGACGAGAACUGUGACCCCGAGUGCAACCACACCCUGACGGGGUACGACGGCGGGGACUGCCGGCACGUCCGCCACACGCUCUUCAACAAGAAGAAGCAGAACGGGGUGUGUGACAUGGAUUGUAAUUACGAGAGGUACAACUUCGAUGGGGGGGAGUGCUGCAACCCAGAGAUAACAGAAGUCACCAAGACCUGCUUUGACCCAUAUUCUCCUUACAGGGCAUACUUGGAUGUCAAUGAACUUAAGAACAUACUCAAACUGGAUGGAUCCACACACCUCAACAUCUUUUUUGCCAAUUCCUCUGAGGAAGAGCUGGCUGGAGUGGCAACUUGGCCCUGGGACAAAGAAGCCUUGAUGCAUCUAGGUGGCAUCGUUCUGAAUCCCUCCUUCUACGGAAUCCCUGGCCACACACACACCAUGAUCCACGAAAUUGGGCACAGCCUGGGGCUCUACCACGUCUUCAGGGGCAUCUCUGAGAUCCUGUCCUGCAGCGACCCGUGCAUGGAAACAGAGCCCUCCUUCGAGACUGGGGACCUCUGCAGUGACACCAACCCUGCUCCUAAACACAAGCUGUGUGGGGACCCUGGGCCUGGCAAUGACACCUGUGGUUUCCACAGUUUCCUGAACACGCCCUUCAGUAACUUCAUGAGCUACGCAGACGAUGACUGCACCAACUCCUUCACGCCCAACCAGGUGGCCAGGAUGCACUGCUACCUGGACCUCGUCUACCAGAGCUGGCAGCCCACCAAGAAACCGGCUCCCGUGGCAAUUGCCCCCCAGAUUGUGGCUCGCACCUCCACCUCUGUCACCCUCGAGUGGUUUCCACCCAUCGAUGGCCACUUCUUUGAAAGAGAAGUGGGAUCAGCAUGUGAUCUGUGUGCAGAAGGAAGAGUCCUGGUGCAAUAUGCCUUCAGUGCCUCUUCUCCCAUGCCCUGCGAUCCCUCGGGGCACUGGAGCCCACGGGAGGCAGAAGGGCACCCUGACGUUGAGCAGCCCUGUAAAUCCAGUGUCAGGACGUGGAGUCCCAACUCGGCCGUCAACCAGCACACGGUGCCCCCAGCCUGCCCCGAGCCCCAGGGUUGCUACCUGCAGCUGGAAUUUCGCUACCCCCUGACUCCAGAGUCCCUCACAAUCUGGGUGACAUUUGUUUCCCCAGACUGGGACUCCAGUGGAGCAGUGAAUGACAUCAAGCUGCUCACCGUCAGUGGGAAGAACAUUUCGCUCGGGCCACAGAACGUCUUCUGUGACAUCCCACUGACCAUAAAGCUGGAUGUGGGACAAGUGGGAGAGGAGGUGUAUGGGAUCCAGAUCUACACCUUGGAUGAGCACCUGGAAAUCGACGCUGCCAUGCUGAGCUCUGUCCCCCACAGCACCCUGUGCUCAGGCUGCAAACCGAUCCAGUACAAAGUGGUCCGGGACCCCCCUUUCCAGUCUGGAUCUCCAGUGGUCAUCUCAAACCUCAGCAGGAGAUUUGUGGACACGGAGCUGAGCGACAGGACCACGUACAGAUACCAGGUGGUCAUUGUGUCCGGGAUGGAGGAGAGCGAGCCGUCCCCCGCCCUCGUUUAUGUCUCUGGGAGUGGAUACUGUGGAGAUGGGAUUAUCCAAAUAGAACUGGGGGAAGAAUGUGAUGACAUGAACAAGAUAAACGGUGAUGGCUGUUCCCUGUUCUGCCUGCAGGAGUUGUCCUUUAAUUGCAUCGAUGAGCCCAGCAGGUGCUAUUUCCACGACGGCGAUGGAGUCUGUGAGGAAUUUGAGCAAAUGACCAGCAUCAAAGACUGUGGCGUUUACACUCCCAAAGGCUUCCUGGAUCAGUGGGCUUCCAACGUCUCUGUCUCACACCACAGUGACCAGCAGUGCCCAGGGUGGGUGGUCAUUGGUCAGCCAGCUGCAACCCAGAUGUGUCGUACCAAGGUGAUCGACUUGAACGAUGGUGUGUCCCAGUACGCCUGGUAUCCCUGCACCGCCAACUUCCAGUACUCCCACAUGACUCAGACCAUUUUCUGGCUGAAGGCUUAUUUUUCCCAGCCUAUGGUGGCUGCAGCAGUCCUUGUUCACUUGGUCACAGAUGGGACGUACUACCUGGACCAGAAGCAGGAGAGCAUUGGUGUGCAGCUGUUUGACACCAAAGAGCAAAGCCACGACCUUGGUGUCCACGUCCUGAGCUGCAGAAACAAUCCCCUGAUUAUCCCCGUCAUCCAUGACCUCAGUCACCCUUUUUAUCACACCCAGGCUGUCCUCAUUAGCUUCAGCUCCCAGUUUGUGGCCAUCUCUGGGGUGGCCCUGCGUUCCUUCCACAACUUCGACCCCAUCACCAUCAGCAGCUGCCAGCAAGGACAGACCUACAGCCCUGCGGAGCAGAGCUGUGUCCACUACUCCUGCGAAGCCACGGACUGCCAGAGGCUGGAGAUCGAGAACGCGGUGCUGAACUGCACCGGCGGCACCGGCUGGGACAGCGGCACCCAGUGCAACGUCAGCUGCAGGACGGGCUACAUCCUGCACAUCCACAGAGAUGAUGAUCUCAUCAAGAGCCAGACGGAGUCCAGCGUCACCAUGACUUGCAUGGAUGGGAAGUGGAACAAGCAGGUGACAUGUGAGCCCGUGGACUGUGGUGUCCCAGACCAGUACCAUGUCUACCCAGCCACCUUCAACUGCAGCGAGGGGACCACCUUUGGCAAGAAAUGCUCCUUCACAUGCCGACCUCCUGCUCUUCUGAAAGGAAACAACAGCAACUUGACCUGCAUGGAGGAUGGGCUGUGGUCCUUUCCUGAGGCCCUGUGUGAGCUGAUGUGUCGAGCACCCUCCAUCGUCCCCAACGCGGAUCUCCAGACCUCGCGCUGCCGAGAAGACAAGCACAAAGUGGGCUCAUUCUGCAAGUACAAAUGCAAACCAGGUUACCACGUCCCUGGAUCCUCCAGAAAAUCAAGAAAGCGAGCCUUUAAGAUCCAGUGCACACAAGACGGCACGUGGCUGCCAGGCGCCUGCGUGCCUGUCACCUGUGACCCUCCACCUUCCAAGUUCCACGGGCUCUACCAGUGCUCCAACGGCUUCCAGUUCAACAGCGAGUGCCGAAUCAAGUGCGAGGAUGAUGACAGCCAGUCGGGCCGUGGGAGCAAUGUGAUCCACUGCCGGAAGGAUGGCACCUGGAGCGGGUCCUUCCACCUGUGCAGGGAGAUGCAGGGACAGUGUGCUCUGCCCACCCAGCUCAACAGCCACCUGAAGCUGCAGUGCGCCGGCGGCUACGGCAUAGGCACGGAGUGUACCACCUCCUGUCUGGAUCACAGUCACGAGCCCAUCCUCCUGCGCGUGAACGAGACCGUGCAAGACAUCCAGCACUGGAUGAACCCUCAGAGAGUGAAGAGUGUUGUCUGCACAGCAGGACUCAAGUGGUACCCUCACCCUUCCCUGAUUCAUUGUGUUAAAGGCUGUGAGCCUUUCAUGGGGGACAACUACUGUGACUCCAUCAACAACAGAGCCUUCUGCAACUAUGAUGGUGGGGACUGCUGCGCCUCAACAGUCAAGACCAAAAAGGUGACACCGUUUCCUAUGUCCUGUGACCUACAAGGAGAGUGUGCUUGCCGGGACCCCAACGCCCAAGAGCACAACCAGAAAGACCUCCGUGGCUUCAGUCUUGGGUAAAGCCAAGUGACAUGGAAAAGAGGACCACACUGCUCAAGGCAGGCUAGGAGAGACACCACAUCCCUUUUGGUAUUGUUUUUAACAUUUAGCUGCUCAACUGGAUGGCAUUUCUGCACCAGGGACCCUUAGAAUUCAACCAGUCUGCCUUUAAUUUUUGUCCAAGGAGAACUCAAAGUAGGGGUUUAUGU